AGUUGGAGGCAGACCUGUGAAGUGGAUGCUGACUAGUUUGUGCUGGUGAGGAGGGCCCAAUUUCUGCGACCAGAGCCCAAUGUCACCCUGAACUCAGCCCAAGGUGUCUUCAUGGGGCCCAGCCAGGGGGACAGGACCUGAAACUGAAGAUGGUCUCUGUUGAAGGUUUUAUGGAGACACUGCCCUGUGGCCUCAGGAAGGACUGGAACAGCAGGGCGCUAGCGACCACCACUGAGGACAGGAUGACAGCCUGUUUGCCCUGACUACCUGGAGCCACACUGCCUCUGCUCUGCUUCAUGGCCUGUCAUUGCCAGAGCACCCAGCUGGCACCUCUAAACCAGACUUGGGCCAAAUCACCCACAAUGGGCCUGAAGGCCCCAUGAAGGAGAAGACAUCACCUCACCUGCUUAUCAGAGCCGACAGAGGCCACCUCCCUUCCUAUCCUUUGCCUCCAGAACCCUCAGCCAGCUGGGGGCUGGAGUUUGGACAGAUGUCAACAUCUUCCUCAAGACUCCUAAUCAGAACCCAGCAAUUAUUUUAUCUUCUGCCACCCACAGGGGCACUGCUGUUUGUCCCUGCCCCUGGGAGGAGGUGGAAACAUCUCUGCCUUGUGCCCCAAAGCACAGCUUUUGAAAAUGUGAGUCUCCCUUUUGCUGCCCAUGGAAGAGGUUGCCGGCACCCUCACUGCACCACCCAGCCCUGCUCAGCCCAAGAGGCCUGCCGCAGGCCCCAUUUCCCAUUGCCUCCAGCAGUCAGACUUGCCCGAAGGAGAGCUUCUCCCCUACAGCUGGGGCCUGCGUCCUUACCGGAGGGCUAAGCCAACAGUGAAGAGCAGGAGAAAGAAACCAAGGAGCUCAGAGACUGAGAAGACAGCCAGGCAUUGCUUCUAGGCCAAAAUAAAUGGACCAAGAGGCAGAAUCCGGCAACACCGGCCACUUCUGAGGUCUUUGGCGCAGAAGGAGGCAUCCAAGAAGUUCUAGUUCCCAGGGAACAGGCUCCCAGAGGGCUGAAGCAGGGUGUGUGCACCUGCCUGCCUGCUCUCCCUCCCUCUCAUCCACCCUCCUCCCACACAAAAUGUGACUUCCAUUUCUACCUGGUUCGCGUCUGGGGGGGGCCCUGGCCGGGCAGCCCCCCCACAUUUCUCCUGCCCUGAAACACGGCUCUUGCCAACCUGCUCCGCUGCUUCACCUGCGACCGCCUGUGCGGGGGUUGCACGGCGCCGGCCCCUCCAGCCCGCCAGGGCAUCGUCCUCCAGCCCGUCAUGCCCAGCUGUGACCCUGGCCCUGGCCCUGCCUGCCUCCCCACCAAGACGUUCCGUAGCUACCUGCCCCGCUGCCACCGCACCUACAGCUGCGUCCACUGCCGCGCACACCUCGCCAAACAUGACGAGCUUAUUUCCAAGUCCUUCCAAGGGAGCCAUGGCCGAGCCUACCUGUUUAACUCCGUGGUCAACGUGGGCUGUGGGCCAGCAGAACAGCGCCUUCUGCUCACGGGGCUCCACUCGGUAGCUGAUAUUUUCUGCGAGAGCUGCAAAACCACAUUGGGCUGGAAAUAUGAGCAAGCCUUUGAGACGAGCCAGAAGUAUAAGGAAGGGAAAUACAUCAUUGAAAUGUCACACAUGGUGAAGGACAACGGCUGGGACUGAGGGGCUCAGGCAGGCAGUGCCCUUCCUCCGCAUGCCCCACCCUCCCACACCUGUCUCCUGGCCCCGCCAAGCAGUCCAUACCAGCAUGAGUACUGCUCCACCCCUGGGGGGAUCCCGGCUCCCACCAACCCCUCCCGCCUCCACCUCAUCACUCCCAGGCCUCUUCAGAACAGGGGUCUGGGGUACCCCAGGGGUGUUCAAGGCUCAGGAGUGGGCAGCAGUCAGGGAGAGGCAGAACUGGGGGAAAGGGUGGUUGUGGGCCCUCCCAGCCCCAAGGCCCUGUAAAUGGAGGUGACGGCAGGGCAUGCACUCAGGCAGAGAGGACCAUAAGAGGGAUCCGUUUUGCGCCACCGUUUCAAGUGAACAGAGGACAAAGCUUGAGUCAGGGGGUUGGUAUAUCCUGGGCCACAGAAUAUCAGAAAAAAGGCUUUGGUCAGGGUGAAAUUUUGGCCUCCUACAUGGGGAGACACCAGUUUCUGAGGGUGGAAAGAAAAAUCUCAAAUCCCAGGCCCUGGGAAAUAAAGGAAUCACAGGGGUUUCCAUUUCACUCCACUUGUUUAUCUUGGCACUAAAGAGGCACUUUCCAGUAUCUAACCUUUGCCACUGGGUGGGGUGAGGAAAGCUGCCCCUGGAUCAGCCCCCACCCCAGCUGGCUAUUUCCAGGGCCAGCGGUCUCUGUGGGCAUUCCCCAAGGCCCAGCCACUGCUCCCUGGGACCCAGUCCCUUGGAAGGGAGGUGGGAAAUCAGCGCUACGGGGCCAGGCUUUCUCGUGGCUGCCACCAGCGAAUGAAACUUUUGUAAGAUACAUAGUGUUUGGGUUUAUUUUUAAUAAAAAGGGGAAAAGCAGCUGUGAGGUGCUGUCCUCUGACUUUCUUUCACUGUGUAAGUACUCUAGUCACCUCCCCACCACCUGUUCCUUUAUGCCACUAGGGGGCAGCAAUUGCUUUGUCUGCUGGAGCUUUUACUAAGGGAGGGAUAUUCAGGUGAGGUUUUGCUUAGUAAGAGGCAUGGCUUUUGUGAGAGGUAUUCCAUCUGAAGAACAGUUUGAGUCUACUGGAAUCCUUGACAAUGAAUCAAUUUCUGCUUGAAUCCAUGACUGGAAAUCCGGAAGAAGCUCAUCUCAGAACUAGGGUGUUCUUGGGUCCCAUUGCCUUUGCACCUGAUUCUGUCAUGUUUUUGGUCAGCUCACAGCCAUGCUUAAGGCUAAAAGGAAAAUUGAUCAGCCAAGGUGCUGCCCUGGCAGUUGAUACAAAGUGGAACAAAACAGCCCAAAAUUGCAGCAUCAAUGCAACCAUGUGACCCAAGCGCAAUUUUUGGCAGUGAUGAGAAAUUGCUAUUGUUGUUGGGUCGCUGACAACUGCAGCAAGGACCAUACACACACCAUAAAAACCAUUUUUUGUAAGCUAGCUUGUGAUUUCCAGAUUUUCACUGAUAUUGCAAAUAUUUGCAGAGCAGCUAUUACCUGCCAGGUUUGGUGUUAACUGGGGAUGCCAUGAAGAACAAGGCAGCAUGGUCUGACUUCAUGGCGGUCCAGUGGGAGGACAAACAGUAACCAGGCAAUUCCAGUAGGAGGUGAUGGGAUCUGAACAGAUGGGGAGUAAGCUUGGGAACUUGAAGGAUCUGAGGAGUCAAAGUAGGCUUAGCAGAAGUGAUGACUGUGAUGGCACUUGAAGGAUGAGAAGUUAGGAGGGCAAAGGGAAGAACGGAAGGAGGGGGAAUAUUUCAGGUAAAGAACUGUGGCAAGUGGCUCAAACUUAGUUGAGGAGGAAAUAUGUUUCCUAUAUCUGCAGUAUAAGUGCAAAUGGGUGAG